ACACUUCCCCUGGUUGUUUUGAGGAGGCUCUAGCUGGCAGGAUCCCUGACAUUAGUGCUCCUCUCUGGCUGCCUGCUGUCUCGAGUCAUGGAUGCACAGCUGGUUAUAGCGCUGCUGGCUCUCACCUCCCUGGGUGCUGCAUCUGAACCGGACUGCAAAGAGCUGGUUAAGCCUCUGGUACUGGACAGCCACAGCCCUAUCUACGGGAAGUGGGUGCUCCAUGUGGGGUCGUGGGACCAGCCCGGCCUGAAGAACGACCUGGAGACGGUGAACAGCUCCUGGGUGGAACUGUCGGCUUCCUCAGACAGCGGAGUCAUGUCCAUCUACUGGUCCGACCGCCUAAAUGACGAUAAAUGCCUGCAGGGGUUAGCCAAUGCCACCAUCUCAGAGAUGACCAGUCACACCACUUUUAAUAUCAAUGGUCACACUUCAUAUCAUGAUGGGAAAUACUAUGAGACCUGCUCCGACUGCCUCCUGUCCGAAGACACCACCCACCUCCCCGACGGCAAGGCAAAGGGACGAUACCUUUUCCUCUUUACACGUAACGGCACUUUGGAGCCAUCCGAGUUAGAAACCUUCAAGAAGCAGGCCGAGUGCCUUAAAUUCCUCCCAGAGUACCACUUUGGAGGAACAGAUCUGUGUCCAGAUGACAGGGCCCCUGCUUCACCUGCUGCCGAGAAGACAGAGAAUAAUAAAACCGAUGUUGCGCCUGCUGCAAAGUAAAGCAGAGCAAAGAGAUGUCUUAGCCCUUUGAACAGCAUGCACCCACCCAAACGCAUCCAGUUGAACAUUACCUAAUAGUGUUGUAAUGUGAACUGCAUGCGCUGUGGAGUAUCUUUUCAUUAGUCCUGUUACAGCUGGUUUCAGCAGCAGCAAUGAGUUCAAGGCCUGUUGGCAUAAUGUCAUGUUAGAUCUGUGGCUAUGUGUAGUCUAAUGACUGUGUCUCUGCAUGCUAUGCUGUUUGACCGGUCAUAAUUUAGUUUAAGAAAUGUGAUAUAUGAAUAGUUUAAGCAGAUUCUGGCAGAAACGGUAAUGACGGAAAAAUCCACUUAAAUGCCUCGUUCAAAUCAAUUUAACAAAUCUGUGAAUAGUAACUAUUAUAGUAACUAUAACUAUUUCCAACUGGUUGUGUGAAGUAAAUAAAACAGCUUUCCGUCUCCCUC